GUUGCAAGCUCAAUUCGCCCACAACGUGAGCUGCUGUGCCUCCUAUAAAAUACAAUGGCACUGAAACAGCCUAUUCGGACCUUAGUAUCCACUGCAACAUGCUCUGUUCGCCCUAUGCAGUCACGCCGAACAUGUCUACUGCAGACAUCUACAUCAGCAUUCUCAACGUCCACCCCCUCCUGCGGCCCCGAAUACGAAACAGAAGCAGCAGAGCGACCACGCUGGCAGCAGACCCCCGCGCGCAUGGUGGCCCCCUUCCGAGUACGGCCAAUGCCACAGGGACCGGUGUUCAAAGUCAACGAUGACCCGCGGAGGUUAGAUGAAAUGUAUAUACGGAUGCUAGGAGCGAACGGCAACAAGGUGCUGACGGACGAGGUGAAGUGGCUGGCAGUGACGCAUAAAAGCUUUGAUCAUGGGAGGCGAGGGUUCAAUGAUCGAUUGGCAUUUCUGGGACGCCGAAUAGUGUCGCUACAGACAUCUCUGGCGCUACUCAACUCACCGCAAGCGUCUAGUCCUCCGGGAAAAGACGAGUUCGGCCGAAUACCAUUUCAUCAUCCUGCCUUGAGGGGACUGCCCGGUCUCUCCCAGGAAGCAAAAGAUAGUGUGCUGGAUAAGUCUCGGCUUGGGCCCAUUGCAGAGCGGUAUGGCCUCGACAAAGUAACGCGGUGGAAGCCAAAGCGGGCCGACAAUCUUCAGGGCUCGGGAAUAGAUGCCGUCCUCUCAACCUCCCUUUAUGCCAUCGUCGGCGCCGUAGCCCUAGAGCGUGGCGGGGACCUCGCCAACAAAAUCGCUCAAGAUAAGAUUCUUUCACCGCUGGGCUUCCUCUUCGAAAAUUGAGCAAGUUUCGCUCCUUCUCUUGUAAAUUACCACCUGUAGCAUAUGGCAACGGCCAAGGCAGCUGAGCAAACAGUAUCAUGCCCUAAUAAGUGCAAGGGAAAUGAAAGAAGUGAUCUCACCGCCUAGCGGCAGAACCGU